UGCAGGCGUGGGAGCCCCGGCCCAGCGCUGCUCCCUCCCGGCGCCCCGCGCCCUCCUUCCUUCCUCGCCGGACGGACGCACUUCCGGCGGAUGUGGGGGGAGCAGCCCCGGAAACGGAAGUGAGCGGCGGGGCUAGCUGACGGUAACGGAUUGAGGGGCUCUUCGCAGGGUGAGCUGAAGAUGAAUACCAGAGGACUUGGAUCUCAGCUAAAGGACAGUAUUCCAGUUACUGAGCUGUCAGCAAGUGGACCUUUUGAAAGUCAUGAUCUUCUUCGGAAAGGUUUUUCUUGUGUGAAAAAUGAACUUUUGCCCAGUCAUCCUCUUGAAUUAUCAGAAAAAAAUUUCCAGCUCAACCAAGAUAAAAUGAAUUUUUCUACACUGAGAAACAUCCAGGGUCUGUUUGCUCCUCUAAAAUUGCAAAUGGAAUUCAAGGCAGUGCAACAGGUUCAACGUCUUCCAUUUCUUCCAAGCUCAAACCUUUCACUUGAUAUUUUGAGGGGUAAUGAUGAGACUAUUGGGUUUGAAGAUAUUCUUAAUGACCCAUCACAAAGUGAACUAAUGGGAGAACCACACUUGAUGGUGGAAUAUAAACUUGGUUUAUUGUAAUGCAGUGAGCUGACCAUGGAAAUGGAGGGACUACAUCUCGUUUAUAAUCAUCUUUUUACUAUAAUUUUAUGUAUACAACAUUAAAAGUACUGACACAUGAGAA